UGAAACCCAAUUGAUUUGGCUUAAUAAUACAAUAUGGUCAGUUAAGUUAAUAUGACGCAUUGUCGUAAAAUUGAUACUUUGUCCUGUAGAAAUGCACAAUCAUUUCUGUAGUAAAAGUGCGGGAUCAUUUACAAAACCCAUGGGAAAUCUAAAUACAAUAAUUGCACUAAUAAAAAUUUCCAAAUAUGGUGAUCUUCGCGGCAACAAUGCUUGGGAUUAAUUUUAACGGGAAAGUGAUUCGAGUGGCCCAGCUACUUUCGUAGUCAAGUUUUACGGAAAGAGACUCUUUUCUGUUAUUCUGGAGAUAAAAACUUACGCAGAAAUGUAGAGAAACGUACAUAAAUCUUUCAUUAAAACAAUAUGUAACCCAUUAUUUUCUGUAAGAAUAAAAAGAGAAUCAUAUGCUAUUUUAACAACACUUUUUAUUUUACAUUUCAUGUCUAGCAAAAUGAUAAUUCAGAGAGACAGAGAAUCUAAAUACUGAGAACUUAAUAGGUCAACGCUUACUGAAAAUUUAUUGGCACGUAAAAUGAAAAAUGCAGGAAGCAUUAUCCAAACGCUUUGCACGUCCAAGAUUUAACGGAAAGUAAACUUUCCUUUGCAUUCAUGAUGUCAUAGCUGACUGAAAUAUCAAGAAAAGUACAUCAGGCUUUCAUUAAAAAAACAGGUAGUCAAUUGCUUUUUCGUAAGAAUGAACAGAAAGUCAUUCAAAUGGUAGCUUCAAAUGUUAUCUUUUUUCUUUUCUCAGACGUUCCCUAAAGUCAUCUAAUUGAAUAAUAUAAUUAAUAUAAACUUAAUUUUGUAUUCAUUAGAAAACUAGAUAUUGCUUUAUGCAAUAAUUAAUGCCUGAUUAAAUCCUGGGAAAUUAGAAAUCAGAACCUGCUAAGUCACGUUAGCAUACGUCAGUAUUGGAAAUAAACCAAAAAAUUAACGGAAAUGAUAUCAAUGUACUUAACAUUUUUAACUAGGUGUUCACUAAUGAGUCAAGAAAUUAAUAUAUUCUGCUUAGUAAUACACAGGAAAAAUUAUGCACCUAUACAUAGUAUAAAAGAGGCUUGUUUCAAAAGUAGAAAUCAUACACAACUGAACAGAAGCAUCUGAAAAGACAUUCUUGAAGCUUUAAAGUUAACUUUGCUUAAAAUGAAGCUGCUAGUAGCAACAUUGUUUGUAAUGGAACUAUAUGUCGCUCUCGGCUUGCCAUCGUAUAAUGAAAACGAGGGUGCUGCUAUGGAUGACAUUUUAAAAGUAAAUGGAGAUAACCAGUAUUUGUAUGGCGACGAGAUUUUAACAGAAGAACAAAAGGAAGAAUUCUCCCCAGAUAAAACAAGUUCUGGUAGAAGUGAAAGAAAAAGACGUGGUUUAACAAGGAAUGCUAUAAGAGCUAGAUGGCCGAACAAAGAAAUGCACUAUACAAUUUCUAACGAUUACACAAAUGCGCAGAAGGACACCAUUAGAGCCGCAAUAGGGUCAAUCGCAUCAAGAUCAUGUGUACGUUUUACUGAACAUGCCCUUGGAAGUGCUCCAAGAGAUCAUGUGGCUAUUCGCUCAGGAACAGGGUGUUCAUCAUUUAUUGGAAGAAUCGGUGGAAGCCAACAACUGUCUCUACGAACAGACGGCUGCGUUUUUACUGGAACUAUAAUCCAUGAAGUCCUGCAUGCUCUUGGAUUCUUUCACGAACAAUCAAGAGAAGACCGAGAUCAAUUUGUUACAAUCAAUACUCAAAACAUAGAAAAAGGCAAGGAAACUAAUUUUAACAGAGCAGCAACGAACAGUUUAGGUGUUCAGUACGAUCCUCAAUCAGUGAUGCAUUACAGCAAUCGCGCAUUUUCUAAUGGAAACGGUCCAACUAUUGUAUGGAAACAAAACCCAUCCCUAAGACUUGGUGGACGUGUUCUAACAGAUAAAGACGUAGAACAGCUAAAUUUAUUUUACGAGUGUUCCAAUCCUAUAACAACCUCAACAACAACAAGAUCAAGACCAACUACCACCACAACAACCAGGAGAACCACAACAACACGAAGAAGUACUUCGUCAACUACCAGAAGUACAACAUCAACAACUAAAUCCACUGCAUCAACAACCCGCUCAACCCGAGCUUGCGGCGAUAUAGCAAGAGGAUGUUUCCUGUUGGAAGGCCGAGAAUCAAUAUAUUGCGGAUUCUAUGGACCUUCCUGUCCACGAACAUGUGGUUUGUGUACUGGACCUGCCAGUGAGAGAUGUCUCAAUUUUCGUGAUUCAUAUAGUAGUACAUAUUGUGCUGGACUCACACAAUUUGGCAGUUGUCGUUCAAGCAGCUCGGUAAAGAGUGCGUGUACUCGAACCUGUUGUGAUCGUGGUGAAUACUUUCAAAAUUGAGAGAUUAUAACCUUUUUUAUGCUUCUUAGUUAUGUUUUUCGGCUAUUCAACAAAUAAGCUCUACAGUGCAUACAACAAUUAUUCUAAAUUUCUGGUCUGAACCUAUUCACACAGUGUUUCACUGAAAGGCCUGAGAUUUAUGCGGUAUUGGUUUUGAAAAGACAUAUAAAUUUACAUAGUUUUUAUUAAAAUAUUUAACUUUUUUUAUUGGAAAUUAACGAUGUAUCAUGACUAUGGCUAUUGAAAGGACGCAGAAAUUUAUAAGUUCAUUUAAAUACCUGUUCAUUCCCCUUAUUUAUUUUAUUCUAUUUAUAUUUUUACAGAAAUAUACUAUUACUACUUUAUAUUGUUGUUAUUUAUAUUGUUGAAUUGGCUUACAUAACUACAUUGAUAUAGCCACCUACUUAGAUUUUGAAACUAUCUCUUCAAUAGAAAGAAUAUUGAACUUUCGUUGCCUAUGCUGUUAACAAUUUUUUAUGCAUUUGUGAUAAAGGCGUGCGUAAAUUUAGCAGCGACUUUAGGCUUUGCUAUUAGAAAUAGAAAAUCCUGUAGAGAGAGGUAAUAUGGACUUGAACUUUAUAGAUCACAGAGAUCAAAUCCGUAUUUUUUGAAUUACGUAACACGGAUAACAUAAAUGGUAAGUGCUGUAGUUUUAUUUUGAGUUCAAAAAAUGUGUUGGUUGGAUUUUAAUAAA